AGUAUUUUAAGUUCGAUCUAAUUAGAUAUGCUUUCACAUCCAGAGGGGCAUCACUCCACAAAAGGUGAAGAGACUGGCGAGACAGCAACAAGCCCAGCUGAUGGUGACAAGAUAAAUGAUCGAGGCAAGGAGGUGAGGAAACCUCGAUUGAAUUACACUGAUAUUGUUGAAGACUACCGCGCCAAUGAUGGACGUCUGGCUGCGGACUCGCAGAAGAUGUACGAAGGUCUCCAGGAGGAAGAUGCCGAGAUCGAAGUAGCAAGGCAAGAAGAUGAGCAUCAGGAUCAAGCAGAAGCUGCGACGAAGUUGAAGAAUGACCUAGAUGAGUUGAAAGAUAUGUUUUCAAACUUCGAUUCCGAGUUAAUACAAGAUUUGUAUCUCGGGUUGAACCUAGAUAAACAGGCCACAGUCGAAGCACUUUUGAAGCUUAGUCGAGAUGGAGGAGGAUCUGAUAGGGAAUCAAUAGACGAGAGUUCCGGGCCUAGCAUGACCCCGCAGGAGUAUGAGGAAAAAUACCCAGCGCUUGCAAAAAAGGAAGGAGAUUGGGAGUUCGUUCCGCGAGGAUCGGCCUCCUCAGCAAGAGUCUCUGAUGGUGAAGCUCCUUCGUACAAGGAAAUAACUGUGCGACAUCACUCUUCCGACACCAAGGAUGCCGACGAUUUUGUUCAUGUCAAGUGACACUUUUGAUAUAAACUGCAUUUCAAGUAUUCAGUAUUCUCUAAGUGGUUAGGCGGUGA